UUGAAGAGAGACAUCUACAGACAUGGCCUCUUCCUCCUCUAUGGGUGACCCCAUAGAGAGGCUGCAGGAUGAGGUGUCAUGCUCCAUCUGCCUGGAGUACCUCAGAGACCCUGUGACAAUUGACUGUGGCCACAACUUUUGCUCAAUGUGCAUCUUGGACUACUGUGAGCGAGGAGGCGGUUCUGCAACAGGGGCGGCUCUUUGCCCACAAUGCCGGGCAGGUUUUUUGCUCAGCAGCUCACGACCCAACAAGCAACUGGCGAACAUAGUUGAAGGCAUUGAGCAGCUGGCUCUGCGGCCCAGCAAAGGCCCUGGAUGUAGCGAGGCCUUGUGUGAAAGGCAUGGGAAGAAGCUACGUCUCUUCUGCCAGGAUGACGGUGAACCUAUUUGCUUGGUGUGUGACAAAUCACGAGAGCAUCGCAUGCACACAGUCCUGCCUAUUGAGGAGGCUGCUCAUGACUACAAGAUUAAGCUCCAGGAAGCUGUGACUGUUCUCAAGAAAGUGCUGGAGGAAGCAAAAAAACUGGAGGCACAAGAGGAGGAGAAAACAGCUCAAUGGAAGGAGAAAGUAGAGGAAUGCCGAGCACUUAUCAAAUCAGGGUUUGAAAAACGACGCUGGGCCAUGGCCGAAGAGGAGCAACUGCUUUUGAGGCAGCUUCAUGAAGAGGAGCAAAUGACAGUGAAGAAGCUGCAGAUGAACUGGGCCUUCCUUGCUGAGCAGUGUGCAGGGCUGCAGCAGCUGAUCCUGGAGAUGGAGCAGAAGUGCCAACAGCCAGCAGCCUCCUUCCUCAAGGAUGUGAAAAACACCUUGAUCAGGAGUGAAGGAAUAUCCCUGCGAGAACUGCAGCCCAUCUCAAUGGAUCUACAGGACUCCUACAAUGUCCCUGGGUUAUUGGAGUCCCUCCGAAGAUACAGAGUGCCAGUGACCUUUGACCCCGACACAGCAAAUCCCUACCUGCUUCUAUCAGAGGACCUGCUCAGUGUUCAGGUUGGAGAUCGCAAGCAGGACCUGCCCAAGUGCUCUUCCCGUUUUGAAACGUGCACAUGCCUCAUGGGUUGUCAGCAGUUCACAUCCGGGAGGCACUACUGGGAAGUCUGUGUGGAGGGCAAGACCAGCUGGACACUUGGGGUGUGUCGAGAGUCUGUGAGCCGCCAGGGGAUCUUCACACCCUCACCAGCCAUGGGGUUCUGGACAGUGUGGCUGAGGAACAGUGAUGAGUAUGCAGCCCUCACCUCUCCCCUCACAGAACUCACACUGAGGACCAGGCCUGGGACAAUAGGCAUUUUUCUGGAUUACGACACAGGAGAGGUCUCCUUCUACAAUGCUGACAAUGGAUCGCACAUCUUUAUGUUUUCAGACUCCUUCUCAGGAACCCUGCGGCCUUACUUCUACCCUGGGGUAUCUUGGAUCCCUAACCCCAGGGAAUGUGGCAAGUCCAUUAUAAUUUUGUUACAAAUGGGAUAGCUUUCACUGUAUCAUAUCCUUUCUACUUCGGCUGUUACCUAGAGGUGUUUGUGUUUUUAAGAACCACAGACAAGGAUCUGUGCUGGCUCUGAAUAAAGGCAUCUAGGCUUUAUGAGCUGGACAAAUUGCAACAUGAGUAAUUAUGAGGACAGUAAAGAUAUGGAGAGUGUGCAGUAAUGCCAGUGCUGAUGGUAUAUAGCAGUGGUUCCCAAACUUUGAACUCCCAGAUUUUUGAGAAUUCAGCUCCCCUAAUUCCUGAAUGUUGGCCAAGCUGGCUGGGGUUUCUGGGAGCCGAAGUCCCAAACACCCAGAGGACCAAAGUUUGGGAACCACUGGUCUAUAGGUUAUGAAAAGAAUGCAUAUCAUCCAAAGGAAAAGAUUUGCAUACUAGGUACCUGUGAGUGAUCUCAUUGCCAUGGCAUUUGAAAAAAUGCUGUCAAAGAGCUGGUCAGAGUUCACGGAGAAGUAAGUCAAUCAGAAGUUCUUAACUGAGCUUUAAGAGUACUUGAUGUCAUCUUUUCAAAUACUCUUGAUGAUAAAUUAAGUCCCCAUUUGGGGCUUCCCUUCCUCUACAUUGCUGGCUUUAAGCCCAAGAUACUGUACUAGGCAAACAUGCCAGAUAUGAAACUCUCUUCUAGUUGUGUGAAGAAUAGGAGGUGGCCAAAAUGGUGAUCACUUUCUCCCCAUAAGAAGUUUUAGGGGGGAGGGAGAUAGUGACCAAACAAUCCUACCAGGAACUGCUUUUUGAUUUCAAGGUGGUUUGGCCAGGGGUGGUCCACAUGUGGUCCACAGACAGCAGGUACCCCCAAUGCUUUUAUAGUUCCCACCAUAGUUCACUGUGGUGGCAAGUAGGAACAUCACUGUUUUUAAAUAUGUAAGCAAGAGAUCCAAGAAGUGUUCUUAUUUUUAAA